UGUGGGGCUGAAGGUGUCAGUCUGAGAGUACUCUACCGGUGCCCACGAGCUUAGACGGAGGAUCUUCGCUUUGGGUUCUGAUUCAAAAUACUAAGGAAAAAGUUUGGAGGAGACUUCACACUGUGCAGCUAUGGACAGUAGUAAGUUUUGGACACCCAACCCAAUAUCAGAGGAACAUUACAAGAAGCUAAUGGAUCAUGUCGACUUGACUGUUGAGGAGAUGGCAGCCAAUAAAAAAAAAGUUUUUUUUAGCUCCGAUUUCAAAAGCUGUUUUGAUCGGUUUGUGGCUUCAAUAGGUGAUGAUGCCAUUGUUACGGCGGAGCUGUGGCUGCAUAUGAUGAGCGUAUUAGCCGAGCACAUCAGCUCAUUUAAGUCCUUUGAAUUCGAUUUCUAUUAUAUUCCAGAAUCAUGGUUCCCCCGUUCAUCGGUUAUCGAGGGUUUUCUGAGGUCUCUUGCAAAAGCAUUAUCCUCAGGUGGUAACUCCAUUGCUUCCCUUGAAGAAAUCCAAAUCAGCUAUCUGGGUCAGUUUGAUCAACCUGCCCGUUUUUUGCAAAUUCUCUCUGGUUUUUUUCAGCAGCCCUACUGUGGCGUUAAAUGCCUUCGAAUAUUCCCUGGCAGUGUUGGGAAUGAGUGUGCGACAUUGAUUCAAGGUAUGAUUUCCAAUGCCCAUUCAUUAGAAAGGCUGAAAUUCAGACUUGAUUAUUUUGAGUACAUGGAAAGCGAAGCUUUUGAAGACAUGUAUGUCGACAUAGUCCACGCUCUGCUGGCUAGUGAGAGCCUACAGUCUUGCGAGCUUUGGUGGGUUCCGGAAAGGGCACUCACCACUUUAGCCAAAAGCCUUGCAUCUAUGAACAUAGGCUUUGAUGGUGAUGCUCCUGCAGAACCGUUGGUCACACCCCUGGAAAUGGAUAGUGGGCUUCAAGGGCAGCGAGUGCGAAGAAAAUCUCAACUCAAAGAUGUGAGCCUCACCAACGGAAUGCUUAUUAGCCAGGAAGGGAUAGAUGCCCUUGCAGCCAUGCUGGCGACAAACAACACUCUUAAGAAACUGGAAAUUCUUUUUCGAGAAGGCAAUCGUGAGUCGGACAUGAAAACGAUUGUGAAAGGGUUGCGGAGUAAUGUUUGUCUAGAAGUGCUCAGAUUAGGAACUUUCCCACUCUCAAUGACACUGCCAUCUGAAUUGGGGGCAGAGAUGCUCUCUACCUUGGAGUCCAAUAAGACACUUCAACGAUUUACUUUCAAUGCGAGAUGUGACAGAGUUAUUGAUCAUAAGUUGGCCAGAAACAUGAUUGAACAGCAGUUUCUUGAGGUUGUUGCACACUUGGAACGCACCACCAGCAGCCACAUCAAAUGUUUUUUGAUCGGUGAACCUGAAGUGGGUAAGUCGACUCUGAAGGACUCUAUUUGUCGUGGAGCACUAAAGCAUUACAUAGACAAGAUGAAGAAGAUGGCGCCUGGUGAUCGGCCUGCCAAGCCUCGAACUAAGGGCAUUGAGAUGGUCCAUGUCGCCUUGAAAGGGGUCAACAUCCAAUUCUGGGACUUGGGUGGACAACCUGAGUACCACACCAUCCAUGAUCUGUUCAUGCCAACUCUAGGAGGGGACAUGGCAGUUCCACCCAUCUUCUUGCUUCUAUUUGAUCCGGUACUCGCAUAUGAGCAAGUAAUCAGUGGCAUCUCAAGUGGAAACACCUCAGCUGCCGACGUUGAGAAGAGACAGAGGGAUGAACUUCUUCAACGAUUGAGGUAUUGGAUGAGAUUCAUCGUGACAAACUGCAAAGCGGAGAGAAAGCCUUGUGUAAUUCCCAUAUGCAAUCCCCACUUGACUCAGAAGCAAAAGUUGUGUGAUUUGGACUCUCGGGCUGAUAAGCUGGUCAGCUGGAUAUCUGAGGAGUUUCACGAGACACUCGAUAUUGUGGACGAGGUAAUCCUUAUUGAUGCGAGAAAGAAUCGUGAUGCAAAAAAAGUCAAGAAGUUUGUGUUCAGCAAGGCCAAGGCACUUCUUCACAAUACCAAUGUGAUGCAAAUCAUGGAGAGAGUGCAAACCUUGGUGGUGAAGUCCAGUGUAUCAACGAUUCCCCUUAUGACUUGGACCAAAUUUUGUGAAAUCUGCUGGUCAGGAGACAUCGCGAGCAAGUAUCAAGAGAGAAGUCUCAGCGGAGUACAAUCAGGACCUUGUCAGACUGAGUUGUAUGGCAAUCCCCUCCUGAAAAUCAUGGCGAGCUAUCUGCAUGACAUCGGGCAAGUUAUUUGGUUUGAGCCAAUGCCAUUUGUAAUUACAAACCCCCAGUGGUUCUGUUGCAAUUUCGUUGGUGAGCUCAUCCCAACAGAAUUUCAUGCCAGUGGAGUCUUCAAUGGGAUCGCUGAUGUGGAUCUUUUAGAACGCGUGUUGUCCGAAGCUGUUUCAGGGAAAUGCGAGGUUGGUGUGGAGGAUAUAGUAAAUCUGAUGUUGAGAAUGGAGCUUGCCUAUAAGGUCUGUGACGAUCCCAAGAGCAGCCUGUUGAUGCCAUCAUGCCUUCCUGAUCGUCAAGAUGGGGACAUGAUUAGUUGGAAAGUGAGAAGGAAGAAUGGGCACGAACAGGAAGGCCACUUUUUUGGCUAUCGGAUUGAAUGUAAAGACAAGAAGCAGACAAUGUUGACUGCAGAAUUCUUCCAUCGGCUGCAGGUGCGCUUCCAUGAGAAAUUCCACGCCGAGGGCAAUUACAGCUGCCAGAAGGACCUUUCUGAGAUAUUCUACAACGGCUACGAGAUCUAUGUGGAGUUUGGGGGAAUCCAUGACGAUUGGAUUGACGUUAUGGUAUCCUCGCCCGAGGUUUCUGUUGCAGAAGCAGCCGAAUGGGUUGACGAGAACAUCUUGAGAGCAAUCAACCAACUUUGCAGAGAGCCGACUGGUCUCCCAGGUGUGGAUCUGGUGACGAAAAUUCUGCGUCCCGGCUGUUUGACAGCAUCUGCAAUUGUUCCACGGCGGUAUCGAAGUGACCAUCAGACUGUCACAGAAGAUAAGCUGAUCGAGGGAAUGACGAGGGAGGAGUAUAGGUACUUCCAUUCCUGGCCUGCCAUUUGGGAUGGGCAGGGCCAGGAAAUUGUUUCACGAUCCUGUGAUGAUGCUCUGGUGUUAAUCAGACCGAAAACACUGGAGUGUCACUUGUCCGUUCAGAAGCGUGAGCUGCACAGAGUUUGUGAGAGCUUCGAUGUACUAGGGGGAAAUUUAGAGCGAAGAUGGUGCGAAUAUGGUCACAAAAACGGCACCGGCCAUUUCGGCGCUUAUUCUGAGGCGUCGUUUGAAUGUGAGCAGCCCACAACAACUGUGGAAGAGUUAGGUGAUUUGCUGAAGAGGGGUAUCCAGCAUCUGGAUGAAAAAGCCAAUCGAAUUUUUCGGUCCAUCAAUGAGCUGAAAGAAGAGGUGAAAAACCUGCGGCAAGUGCAGACUGACGCGUUUGCAAGGCUCAACAGUGCUCUGUCUAGCAUUUCUGUGUUUGCCACUCAGCUGCACACUCUUGAGCUGCACCUCAUGUGCGAGUCCAAAGACCGCUCCCAUGUUGUAGAUGGCCAGAAGGGGAAGGAGUUGUUUCUUCAGAACAAGGAAAGCCGGUAUGCAUGGACUCUCUUCAGGUGGACAAUUCUUGCUCUGACUGUGUUGCUGAAAACUGGCUGUGCAAUUUCCAUGGGCAUCCAUGAGCUUGUGCCGGACUUGGGUGACGUGACCAACUGGACAAGCUUUGUAAUUGGAGCAGUGGGCAACGCUGGUCUGGAAUUUGUGAACGUGGAAGACCUUGAGCGGAGAAUGAAUGCCAUUGGAAAGGAUAUGUUCAAGUAUGAUGGUCCUGAAGAUGGCGUGAACCGUCAGCAAGCGAUGGACUGGUUGGAGAGAAACCUGGAAGGUGGACCAAGUGAGAUACGGGAAAGAUUCGGUCUCACAAGAGUGAAGUACAGAGACACAGGUGCAGUUGCCUGGAUAUGUAGCUCCUGCCUUACGAAGACAGGUCUGCGUGCGGAGGUAUUUUAAGUGCAUACACGCGACCAAACUGGCACAUAAAUCAUUCUUCCGGUGCACGUGUGCCAGGCUGCUGUGCUGUGUGCCAAAGUGGUGUGCAGUCACGAGGAAUAUUAUAAUUUUUUUGGAACAAUACACUCUUUGAUUUUCAUGAAUUCAAGAAUCAAGAUUCCCUGGGGUU